AUGCUAAACUCCCAGCUCGUGGUGGAGGCCGACACCUUUGGGAGUCAAGUGAGAAUAAGAGGGAAAGAAAUGAACUACUACUUGUGCAUGAACCGUAAGGGGAAGCUUGUGGGCAAGAAAGACAGCAACGUAAACGGAGGCUGCAUUUUCAUCGAGAUAAUGCUUGAGAAUAACUACACCGCAUGGAUGUCAGCGCGCUACGUGGGCUGGUACAUUGGCUUCACCAAAAGGGGCCGACCUCGCAGAGGUCCGAACACGUUACCCAACCAGCGAGACGUGCAUUUCAUGAAACGCUUCCCUCCAGGAGAGCAGCCCGACCUGCAGACCUGCAGCUUUACCACGGUCAGCAAGAGGAGCAAAAGAGUCCAGCAGACCUCCACCUCUCCUCCACCACUCCAAUAAUACAACAGACACUGGCUGUUGUGCAAAGAUCACUUCUUACAGAGGAUCUAGAGAGACGCUUUUCCUUAAAACGCAAGUAGGUUAGGCUUUAGGACCGACCUCUCGGUAGAAGUCACAGUCGAAGGACAGAGUUGCUUAAACAUUGUGUAAUCAUGCAAAUAUUGCCAAAGACUCCUGGGCAAGUGUCCAGUCUCUAAACCCUGACAACAAGGGGACCAAGCACUUCAGAGGCAAAAUAAUUCCCCUCUAAUGUCCAGUGCCACAGCUUUGAUUUGUCCCACCAUAAAAGAGCAAAGACUUGCGUUGAGUUGUAUGGCUGGAAAACUGGUAAGUGCGCGGCAUAAUGUGCAUUAGCUGAGACUUGGCGACUUGGAUGCUUAUGACCAAAAGGGCGAUUAAAGGACCUGCUUUGUGAACUUAUCAAAUGUCAACCUUGGUCCUAUAAGAGCCAUGAGAUUGUAAACAAGAACUAAAGUCAUUCAGAAUGUAUUUGUCAAGAAAAUCCUAUUAGACCUUCUGGUGAAGGUGUAGUUUGUUUGUUUUUUUGCCUCAGAUACUUCACAUUUCAC